AUGCCUUCCGCCGAGUACCAAACCCCAACCCUCAAAAACCCAUGGAUUGAAACUCCACUGGUCGAAUCCGCUGCUCUCUCCCGGGCGGCAGGUUGCCGCAUCUUCCUCAAGCUUGAGAAUGUUCAACCUAGCGGUUCAUUCAAGUCUCGUGCUAUGGGUAACCAGAUUCUGUCCCAUCUUCGCAAACCCGAAUACGCCAACCGUCGAAUCCACUUCUACGCUUCUUCCGGUGGAAACGCUGGAUUAGCAGCUGUAUGUGCUGCCCGAACCCUGGGCUACCCUUGUACUGUUGUGGUGCCUCUCUCCACCAAGCCCUUGAUGCUGGAGAAGCUACGUGCAGCCGGAGCGGCAGAUGUUAUCCGCCACGGAGAGACCUUUUUUGAGGCCGGCUCUUAUAUGAAAGAUGUCAUUAUGAAGACCAGUUCUGGAGAUGAUGAGGACGUGGCCAAGAUUGCACUACAUCCAUUUGAUAACGAGCCUAUUUGGGAGGGCAAUAGCACUAUUAUCGAUGAACUGGAGAAGCAACUACCCCAAACUGCCAAUUCCGAUGAAGAGCAAGUUUACCGCGGGCGGGCACUUCCUCUAGAUGCACUUCUCUGCAGUGUUGGCGGUGGUGGUCUUCUCAAUGGUCUUGUAAUGGGUCUUGAGAAGCGACGUUGCAAGAAGCAAAUCGAGAAUGAGAAUGGUGUUUCCAGCACUGCCCACUCUUACCUAGAUACUUCCUUGGAAACACCCAGCACUACCUCUGUGUCUGUUUCCAAAGACCCAGGCCCUAUCAAUAUCCUCGCCAUCGAAACGGACGGUACCGAUUCCUUGGCUGCAGCCAUCGCCAAUAACUCCCUUGUCUCCCUUCCUAAGAUUACCUCCCAAGCUACAUCUCUCGGCGCCAUCCGUGUAUCGGAAACCACAUUCCAAUAUGCCGUGGCCCCACCACCUGGUAUCAAGGUGCACAGUGCCGUGCUCACAGAUGCCGAGGCCGCGAGGGGUGUACUCCGCCUUGCAGAUGACGAAAGGUUGCUAGUAGAGCUAGCAUGCGGUGUGUGCGUUGAAGCGGCUAUCGGCGAUGCUGCCACCGCUACUUCUACUUCUACUUCAUCGGCGACUGCUGUCGCAGGUCAAAGCUCUAAGAAGCGGAAGCGGAGUGCAAAUGAUACUGUCUCUCCUGAUGAGGGAUACGGCGAUGACCGAUUGUCAACGGAUAAUGAUACGGACCCCGAACCUGAGGCGGAGAACGGCGAUAAUGGUCGGACAUCGACGAAAACUCCUGAACUUAAGUCAAAGUUAAUGAAGCUUCUCCCUGAUCUGAACACACAGAGCAGGGUUGUCAUCAUUGUUUGUGGUGGAAGUAAUGUUACUAUUGAUAUGGCUGGAGAAUAUAGACGCUUACUGGAACAGGGAUGGGCCUAA